AUGCUUCAAAAUACUGAUAAACUUUGGACAUGUUUACCUUCUCAUAAUAAACCUAUCUCUACAAUCUCCCAUUCCGUCUCUUCCUGUACCCGCCAAGAACCACCAUACGCGAAGCUACAAGAAGGCUCCUAUAGCCUACACCGCAUCUCGCAACGCAAGGAAAUGGAUCGUAGUUGGAUGUAUGAUAGGUUCAAUCCACAUAGGAGAGGCUUGAAAUUUGAGUUCGUUAGUGGAGUUCAGGAGUUUAUUAAGAAGGCUAAGGAACAACCCUGCUUUUUGUCUGAGAAAAAGAUCAAGUGUCCGUGUGAAACGUGCAAGUGUGUAAAGUCUUUCACUCCAAGAGAUGUGAAAGCUCAUUUGUACAAAAGUGGGUUUAAACCAAACUAUUCAAUCUGGACUGAGCACGGAGAACUAGAGCAAAAUAUUUGUCCAAUGAAUCAAUCAAAUAGUAGUGAAUAUAUGGAGGAGGAGGUGGUGGUGGAAGAGGAGGAGGAUCCUAAAACUCCUCAUAUGGAGGCGUCGGAAGAGGAGGAUCCCAAAACUCCUGACAUGGAGGAGUCGGGAGAGGAGGAGGAUCCCGAAACUCCUCAAGAAAUGGAUACAAAUAAGCAGAAUGCUGAUGGUAAGGUUCUUAUACGGCCAUGUGGGUUAGGGUGGGCUCCUAGCGCAGCGCCUGCUGCUGCGAUUAAACAGGUCAUCCAGUCCCACUUUCCGGGUCCAUUUCAUUGCUGGAGGGAGACCCCAGAGGAUGUAAGGGAAUAUUGGUGGAAAUUGUUUGGGGACAAGGUUGCUUGGGAUCCUCAUGAUCACAGAAAUAUCAAAAAGACGUUUCAGUCGAGAGGCGCAAAACGCCUUUCAGAUAUGCUCUCAAAAGUGAGGAAGAAGGGGACAAGGCCUCAUUGGAUAUGUGAGGAGGCUUGGAAGGGUCUUAUUGUCCAUUGGGAGGGUGAAGCCUUUCUAAAGAUCUCUACCCAAAAUAAGACCAAUCGGGCUUCAGGUAAAGGUGGAGCAGUCCACACCACAGGCCGCAAGGCUCAUGUUGAUGUGGCACUUAGCAUGGCUCAAGAACUUGGGCGGUCUGUGGAUCCCGAUGAGCUCUUCUUGGCUACCCAUAAAAAGAAGUCUGGAAAUUGGGUUGAUAACCGCUCUCAAACAACAUAUAAACAUUAUCAAGAUCGUCUGAAGGAGGUAGAAACACAAAUUGGUGAGGCCUCCCAGAAUGGGACACAGAAGGUAGAUGGGGCAACAAAGCUUGAAUUGUGGAAAGAGGUUGCUGGGGGAAAGUCUCGAGGUCGUUGUUAUGGCACUGCAGAUUUUUCUAUAAACCUCCGACAUGGUGCAACUUCGCUGACUCAGGAGUCUCGAGAACCUUACAGUGGCAGGUGUGAUCAUGCUAUGCAUCUUGAGGCCAUUGAUGCAGCUCGUAAGGAAGCUGCUGCAGCACGUCAGGAGGCAUCCACAGCACGUCAGGAGGCAGCUGAGGCAAAACAACAUUUUAUGCUGUUGGAGGAGAAGUUCUUCAAGGUAAUGAAUCACAUGAAAACUCUGGAGCGCAAAUCAGCAGGUGCUUCCAUAAGUGUGGUUCGAGCUCAUAGGAGACAUCCUCACAAUGAUGAUGACCAUUCACUAGAUGAGGUCUUACCAGUCCGUCGGCGAAAGGAACAACUAGCUAUAAGGCGGCAUCCUCGUUAUGAUGAAGAUUAUUCACUAGAUGAGAUCUCACCGGACCGUCGCCGAAAGCAACGUUGGUCUCAAAGUCGACGUCCUCACUAUGAUGAUGAUGGUGAUGAUGAUGAUGAUGAUAAUUCGCUAGAUGGGAUCAUACAACAUCAAGCUAAAAGGGGACAGCCUCACUAUGACGAUGAUGAUUUGCUUGAUAGGGGGCAUCCUCACUAUGCUGAUGCCGAUUCGCCAGAGGAGGACAUAUCAAAGCAACAUCAAGUUAAAAGGGGACAUCCUCACUAUGAUGAAGAAGAUUUGCUAGAUAGGGGGCAUCCUCACUAUGCUGAUGAUGAUUUGCCAGAUGAGGUCGUACCAAAACAAAAUCGGGCUCCAAGGAGUCAUCCUCGAUAUGAUGAUGAUGAUCUGCCAGAUAGGUGGCAUCACCACUAUGAUGAUGAUGAUUUGCUAGAUAGGAGGCAUCACCACUAUGAUGAUGAUGAUUUGCCAUAUGAGGUCAUACCAAAGCAAAAUCGGGUUCCAUGGGGACAUCCUCACUAUGAGAAUGACAACUUGCUAUAUGAGGCUGCGCCAAAGCAACGUCAAGCUAAAAGGGGACAUCCUUACUAUGAUGAUGUUUUGCCAGAAGAGGUCUUACCAAAGCAACGUCAAGCUAAAAGGGGACAUCCUCACUAUGAUGAUGUUUCGCCAGAAGAGGUCUUACCAAAGCAGCGUCACGCUAAAAGGGGACAUCCUCACUAUGAUGAUGUGUCCCCAGAAGAGGUUUUACCAAAGCAACAUCAAGCUAAAAGGGGACAUCCUCAUUAUGAUGAUGUUUCGCCAGAAGAGGUCUUACAAAAGCAACGUCAAGCUAAAAGGGGACAUACUCACCACGACGACGAUUUGCUAGAUGAGGUUUUACCAAAGCAUCAUCAAGCUAAAACGGGACAUCCUUACCAUGAUGAUUCACCAGCUAGUCACCGCAGUCGUUACCGUCAUUGA